GUCUAACAUCUUGAUUACCACUUUCAAGUUGAUCGCAUUCCGAGUCAAGUCUCGAGAGCAAACAAGAAAGCAUCCCUGGUACAAUGUUCACAGGCCUAAUUGAGCAUCUUGGAACUAUUUCUUCAGUCCAUCACGACUCAGGGGGAUGUGCUUUAACUAUAUCGCAAAGCGCUCCGGUCCUUGGCGAUUGUCAUGUGGGGGAUUCUAUUGCAGUUAAUGGAGCCUGUUUGACGGUAACUGAAUUCGAUAAAGAACAAGAAGGAGGUUGGUUUAAAGUAUGGCUGGCGAACGAGACUCUUGACAGGACUGAUCUAGGUGACCGUAAAGUUGGUGACCAGGUGAACCUGGAGCGUGCGAUGGGAGCAGACGUCAGAUUUGGGGGACAUUUCGUACAAGCCCACGUCGACACCACCGCAACUAUUAUCGACAGCACUCCUGAUGGAGAGUCGUUACGUCUCACAUUUCAGCUCGAAGAGCCCACAUCUUCCAGACCAUCUCUUCUUCCUUAUCUUAUUCCCAAGGGAUAUGUGACAAUCGACGGCGCCUCACUCACCUUGACUUUCGUCGAUGACGCACAUCGUACCUUCGGUGUGAUGCUCAUCAAGCACACCCAAGAGAAAAUCACUCUUGGUAAGAAAGCGCUAGGUUCCAAGGUUAACAUCGAGGUCGAUAUGGUUGGCAAAUAUGUCACAAAAAGUGUUCUAGCCGCGCUAGAAGGUGGGGGCGGGCAGAGUAUGCGUACUCUUAUAGAGAAAAUUGUUGAGGAAGUACUGGAAAAGAAGAACAAACCUUGAAUACCUGCCAGUAUAAGUGUAGCGAUGACAUUCAAAUUUUCUGUAGUUUCCGAUAGCUGGCCCAUCCAAAAUCUAAAUUGACAAAGUAGGAGCCUAUCC